CGUAUAUCUCGUGGGUAUCACACGAUUGACGACACUGCCUCCUUUGGAAGUAACCCUCACCCAAGCAAACGUUAAAACGCCCCCUUCUAGGGCUUGUGUUAUGCCGUGUUCUGGGUCAUGAAAAUUGAUAGCGAUUAGAACCAUGUCUACCGAUUUCUGUUUGGAGCAUUCGGAGAUCAGCAUAUUGCCUCUUGAUAACUCCAAUUUUGAGGCUAAAGAGAUUGUGAGUGAGUCUGAAAACGAAUCUGUCCGCCAAUCGCCUUGCAAAAAACCGAAGGUUGUCGCAGAAAAUACUGAUGGCGAGUCCGAGUAUGAUUCGCUUAGCGAUCCAGAUUCGGAGUCAGAUAUGCACCCCUAUUAUGGGGAAAUGGAAUCAGAAUGUUUUAACAUUGGUGAUGAACCAACAGUAAUUUGCAACAUGCGGAUGUAUCCAUUCGAUUUGCUAGAAGAAAAGAACAGGCGGAGGAUGAGGUUUUGGGCCAAUUAUGCUAUAUUUAUCAUGAAUGAGCAGAUCUUUGUCAAUCAGAAUCCAUAUAAGAGCCUCCAACUAAAGGAAGUAGUACGGGUUGUUUCAACUCCAAUGCCCUGCUGUGCAAUAUUCAUGACAUUCCAAGCUCAAGAUAGGAGUGGAGUGGUGUUCGACUAUGAAGCUAAAAUGCAUGACUUCUUGAUAAGUUAUCAAUUGCAGGUUGAGUUUUGCAGAGAAGUGGGAUCCAACAAAAAAG